AAACGGAACGCACUUGUUGGCAUAUACUUUCGUAUGUCAAAUAGAUUUACAGGAAGAAGCCAAUCAUAGACAAUAAGCGCAAAGCGCUUGACAAGCGCGGAGUUCCGCUGAACGUGGUCAACGAAUCAGAAUGAUUUGCACCAACUACACAGACUGGCGUAUGGACCAACCGAAUGGUCUAUAUAGCCAUAACUGCAAGGAAGAAAAAAAGACGAGUCUUCAGCAACAGAAUCUCUAUCACUAGCGUUGUUACCAAUCAUUUGGUUGUUUGUCUCAGUUUGACAGAUCUACGCACAGAUAAACAUGCAUUAAAUUGAUAGUUAAUAUGCAAUAAUAUCAUAGUAAAAACCAAAACAAUAAUUUCCUUUUGCGUCAUGGAGAAUUCUAUGGAAGCACAAAAGUGGCAGCAGCAUCUCUCACUGCUACGAGAACAAUACGUUAAUUUGUACAAUUCUAAUAUAGAACUUCAAAAGGAAUAUGCAAUUCUUACAGCCGAAAAACAGGAAGGUGGAUUUGUUAGUAGACUUCUGGCAACAAUAGCAUCAUUGUAUUGUCAGCAUCGUUAUAGUGAUGUCACUAUAAAACUUGUUAAUCAAGACGUACCAGCACACAAAUUUAUAUUGUCUGCCAGAAGUGAUUUCUUCAGUGAUACAGCUCUUGUUGAAAAGACUGUUUUAGAUUGGAGCAAUUUGAAUAGCACAGUUGCAAUGAUACUAUUAAAAUGGAUUUACACAGGCAAGGUGUCUCAAGAAAACUUAACUUUAGAUUUAAUGAAAGCAGCUGCUGGCUUUCAGUUAGUAGAACUAGUAGAUCAGUGUGAAAGAUAUUUGAUUGGAAUUGUGGGAUUGAAAGAUUGUGUGAUAUUAUAUGCAGCAGCUGAAGAACUAGGCACCGUAAAAUUAAAGGAGCAUUGCAGUUCUUUAAUUUCUGCACAUUGGGAAGAUUUAACAGGCGAAGAUUUCAAAGAGAUGCCAGGAUCUCUGCUUUAUAAAUUACUGCAAACUAAAAGUAAAUAUCCUUUGCAUGCAGCCGUACGUUUGAUGCGUGAAGAUGUUGUAUUUCUGUAUUUGGUAGAAAAGAAUGCAGAGCUUCCAAAAGCGGUAAAUGCUGUCGAUCACAAAGGAGAACUGGCUCUAGAAAUUGCUCUGAAAACUCGCCAGCCAUCUCUGGCUCGCACAUUAGUCGAACACGGAGCAGAUUUAAGCGCAAAGGAUGCAAGAGGUCUUUCUCUUCUUCAUUCAGCUAUUCUGAAAGGGGAUUCUUAUUCGGCCGAAUUCAUAAUCGAUCAAUUAGAAAACAACGGUAAUAUGCAGAAGUUAUGCGAGGCUGUAAAAAUCAUGGAUAGCGCGGACAAUUCAGCUGAUCUCAAACAGUUGGAAGGUUGUACCGCGUUGCAUCUGGUAACGAAGCAUAAUGUAGAGAAUAUGCUAGCAAUUGGCUCAAGAUUACUCCAAGCAGGAAUUGAUCCUAAUUUGCAAGAUCGUAGAGGAUGGACUGCGCUUCACUGCUGUAUCUUAGAGAAAAACGAGAUGCUGUUUAAUUUGCUAUUGGAGGCGAAAAAUAUUGAUGUAGACCAAACCACAAAUGAGGACGAUACACCGUUGUGUUUUGCGAUGAAGACGGUUCCUUUUAACGAGUACUUUGCAUCAAAAUUAUUAGCUAAAGGCGCUAUACCGAAUCCAAUCUACAACACCACCGGAGACACAUUGCUUCAUAUCCUAACGCGCGAACGUAGAGAAGAAGCGGCAUUAUUUUUAGUGGAAUACUGUAAAAAUAAUUUAACGAAAACCAACAACGAAGGUUUUACGAUAUUACACGAAGCGUGCAAAGUUGGUUUAAAAGAUCUGACUCGGGCUUUCUUGAAGAACGGACUGUCGACUGACGCGGUCACGUUUAAUGGCGAUGCGCCGAUUCAUUUAGCUAUUUCGAAUCUCUAUACCGAUAUAGUUGCCGAGUUACUUGAUGCUCCUGAUGUAAAUUUACAAUUGACUAUUAAGAACAAUUUAAACGAAACACCUUUGAACCUGGCUAUAAAAGCGCCAUUUAAAAAGGGCAAAGAUAUCGUAUUGGCUCUGAUCAAAGCCGGAGCUGAUGUAAAUGAACGCAACGAGGAAGGUUUGACGUUGUUGCAUCAAGCGAUAUUGAAGGAAGAUUCAGCUACGGCAAUAUUUCUAUUAGAAAACAACGCUGAUAUGAACAUAAAAACAGCCAAUGGAGAAACGCCGUUGCAAUUGUGCGUACAUUGUAGACUGGGCGAAGUAGUGGAAGCUCUUUGUAGACGAGGUGUAGAUACCUCAAUAGGAUGCCCGUUAUGGGAUGCUUUGGACUCAGAGCAAGAAGACGUAGCAUCAAUUCUUGUUAAGUACGGGGCUGAUACUGAUUGUUGGGGUCCUGGUCCAGAUGGUUGUCAGCAAACAUUACUACACAGAGCAAUCGAUGAUAACAAAGAGGAUAUCGCACAGUUUUUGAUCAGAAGUGGAUGUGAUUUGAAUGCUCCGAGACGACUCGGUCCAGAUGGUGGUGGCGGAGACGAGGCGAAAGAUGAAUGUACACCCUUGCAUUUGUGUUGUCAAUGGGGACUGGAACAAGUUGUUCAAACGCUAAUCGAGCACGGAGCCGAUGUAAAUGCUCGUGAUGCAGAAGGAAAGACUCCGGUACAUGUGGCAAUACAGAACCAACAUUCACAAAUCAUUUCCCUUUUGUUGUGCCACCCAAAUAUAGAUCUGAACAAAAGAGACAAAAAAGGACUGACGCCGUUUGCUACUGCUCUGACAGUUCGCAACAACAAAGCCGCACAAGCAAUAUUGGAGAGAUUACCUAAGGCCGCUGAACAAUACGACAACAAAGGCAGAAAUUUCUUGCACACUGCCAUACAGAAGAACGACAUGGAGAGCAUAUUGUUCUUACUGUCGAUACAAGUAGACGUAAAUUCGAGAAUACGCGAUGUUACACAAACGCCACCUUUACAUCUUGCCGCUGUAUCUGGAAAUGAAAUGUUGGUGCGAAGCUUGAUCUUGGCAGGUGCCCGUGUCAACGAUACAGACGCGAACAGAAACAGCGCGCUGCAUGUGGCAGCUAAAGAAGGUCAUGCUGCCGUUGUUUCCGCGCUAUUGCAAAAUAAUAUUAAUUUUGAUGCGGUAAAUGCGGACGGCGAUAAUGCACUGCACGUAGCUGUGAGAGAAGGUCAUGUGUCGGUUGUACGGACUUUAUUAACCGAAUGUACGCUGGAUGCGGAAGCUGUGAAUUUAAAAGGACGUAAUCCUCUGCACGAACUGGCUAGAUGUGCGAGGGACAACGCCGCGACGAUAUGUGAUCUAUUUUUGGAAUGUAUGUCGCAAUAUCCAGUUAACAAUGCAGAUUUGGAUGGAAACACACCAUUGUUGAUCGCGUAUAUGAAAGGUAACAGUAAUCUUUGUAAAACAUUAGUCAAAGCCGGAGCGUGCCUAGGUUCGAUGAACAAAGACGGGAUAACAAUUUUUAACUAUCAAGUACCAACAAAACAGCUACUGUAUAGAUUAUUAGAUUCUUUAACGCAAGAAGCACCGUGGUCCGACAAGGAUUGCUGCUUGGAAUGUGGAACAAAAUUCUCUCUUACGAUGCGUAAGCAUCACUGUCGACACUGCGGACGAAUUUUGUGCAGCAAGUGUUCUGGUCAGGAUGUACCAAUCCUGAAAUUCGGUUUAAAUAAACCAGUACGUGUAUGUAAUGUAUGCUUUGAUGUGUUGCUGGGUACAGACUGAAUAGAAUCUUUGCAGUAAGAGUUUAUAUAUAUAUAUAUAUAUAUGUAUUUACACUGUUCAACGAGAGAAUUAUCAUCGGUCUGCGCAUAUGGGAAAGCGGAUAAAAUAAAAACGCGCGGGACAUCCGCUGGCAGUUAAUGGCAACUGCGCGAGCAGCACUGGAAUGGCUUUCUAGUAAGAGAUAUGCACAAAAUGGAGGAGUUUUUGUCCGCUUUUAUGAUAUUCUCUCGUUAAACUCUGUAGCGUGUGUGUGUGUACACGCGCGCACAUGCACAUGCAUAUAUUAAAUUAGACACUAAAAGAUCAUUCCGAUGUUUUUUACAUUAAAAAAAAAAAUAUAUAUAAAUUGAAUUAAAACUCUAUAUACUAAUUGACAUAUAUGCCUUCACCUUUUGAGAUCAGAAUUAUUUUUGUAGUUAUUGCUUUGUUUCUGAAUAUUCGACGAUAGAAUCAAAGCACUCCCAAACAUUGUUCUUUCAGACAACUAUGUGAUCAGAUAUUACAUAAAGCAUUCAGAAACAUACAACAACUGACAAUGAGUAAAUUUUGAUAAUUCUUGAUCUC